ACGUGGCUGAAUAAAGACAUCUUCUUGUCUGCGCUUGAAAGAGGCAGCAGAGCACCGAGCCGAGGCUCCGUGGUGCUGAAAAGACAGCUCCCCCGCUUUCUCACAGCUGCAGAUAUGUUCACCCGGAUGUUAAAGCUGAGACUGCUUAAUGCCGUAGCACCUGCGUACUUCUUUGCAGCUACAACAGUCACAUUUAUUUUACACUUUUGCCUCUUCAUCCCGACAAUCUUCCCCAACCCGGACACAUCGCUGAAGAGCUCCACAGCCUUUCACACAACUGUUUUCCUCUUCCUGAUGUUUAAUGCUUUGGGGAAUUACAUAAUGACAAUCAAAUAUCCGGCCGAGAGUGACAACGAGAUUGCGAUUCCUGUGUGUUCGCCAAGUUGCUCGGACAAAGUGGAUUCCCACUACCUACUUAAUGGCCGUCAUUUCUGCAAACUGUGCAGGAAGGUCAUUUUCAGGAGGGAUCACCACUGUUUUUUCACUGGAAACUGCAUCGGCAACAAGAACAUGCGUUACUUCAUCAUGUUCUGUAUCUACACAUCAUGCGUAUGUAUGUACUCUUUGGUUCUUGGCGUGGCCUUCCUGACAGUCGAGUACUCCAUCUCCUUUGAGAACCCGUUGACCUUCCUGACCCUUCUCCCUCUCUCCACUGCCUACUUCUUCAUGGGCACAAUCUCUGGCCUGCAGCUGUUCCUAGUGCUGAUGCUCUAUGUAUGGCUGGGCAUUGGCUUGGUGUGUGCAGGUUUCUGCUGCCAGCAGGUGCUGCUGGUGGCCCGGGGGCAGACCUGGUGUCAGAUGCAGAGAGGGGAGCUGGUGGAUAACCGCAGCCCCUGGAAAGCAAACCUCAAGGAUGUUUUUGGCACCCGCUGGAUCCUUGGUCUUAUUCUGCCUGUGCAAACAGUGGAGAUGUACUCUGAAGACACAGAUGGACUCAAGCAAGACUGACAGUUGUCCAUCUGUCUCAGUAACAGUCACUCUUAGGUCAACCAAGUGAUUCAUUUAGCAAAAAGGUUUUCAGCAUUUACUAUAGGUGGAAAUUAAUUUUUAAUCUGUAUGGAUACUUUAUGAUGUUUGAAAUUUACAAGAUAGCUGAUAGUUUCAUCCUCUUACAGGUAGGAACCAUAUAAGCAAUGUGAAAUAAGUGCUUAGUAUAAAUGUUUAUUCUUAAAAAGGCAUUUCUAAAGGCAAUAUUAGGAAAAAUAAGUUAUGCUGUACCUUCCUCCAGAGUCUGGAAAACCGAUCAUCGGUUUUCAUCCAAUCAGUAGUCUGACUUUACGGCAUCCUCCCAACAUAUCCAUAGCCUUAGCAAAGAUGUGUAAAAAGGCCUUAAAAUAAAUACAGCUCUUAUUGCAAUAGCUUAAUCCUAUAUUGAAUAUUUAAGAAAAAUGCUCCUCUCCAUAAGAUUGAUUUUGUGUCCAGUUAGUGAUUAUGCAACUUUUCCUAUGAAGCCAUUCACCUUAACAGGGUUGCAGGGUCUUUGGAAGCGAUACAAACCUACAGCACAAUCAGAGGAACAGACACUUGUCCACAUAUACUUUGUUUCAAACCCAUGCUUGUUGCAAAAGACUCCAUCUUAAGGACAUGGAUCCUUUUCGGUAAAAACAGAAAAAGUGAAUUCCUAGAUUACAUCGUAAAUUUCCGUGUUAAACUUUUUAAGUGUAUUUGUGUUGUUUACAGUUUUCAAGUAGCCACUUCCUGACUGAAGAUCAGCACGUCUGCCUUACAUGAAUGGCAUAUUUUUUGUCUUUCCUAUUCUGAAUAGAUGAGAGAAGUGAUAGUACGUAAACAUUUUUCCCAAAAAGGGGAAAAGUAGCACAUCUAUAAUUUUAUUCAUUCUAGAUACAUGAUCUCCCUUCAAAUAAUCAUUUUGCUAAAUUGUCAAUGUGCUGUGACUCAAGGCCUCAGUUUUACACAUCUCCUUUUGGCAUUAAAAUAAGCGAGGUGGGUGCUGUGUUUUACAACAAGCAAGUUUCCUAGCAAUAUUAUAUGUUUGCCUUUAAAGCUUUGUGUUAUAUAACUGCCAGUACCAUGCAGUGUUCUGAGAUUAUCUUUGCUAACCCUAAUUUGAUUCUACAGUUUGACAUUCAGGAAACCAGGGACAGUUUUCACUGUUAAAUUAAGGGCUAACAGAUGAAGAAAGAAUUGGCAGCAUAAACAGCCAGACUGCUUGAGUUGAACUUGGGGACAUUUUCUACUCACACUAAUGUUUUUCAGAAUGAAAAUUUACAACAGAAAUGGAAAUUAUAAUAUCCAGGGUAUUAUUCACAAUGUGCCAUGCUUAUAGGCAAAGAUUUGGUAUCUUCUUCCUCUGCUAAUGACAGGAUAAGCAGCAUUAGAACAGGAUUUUAUUCCCCGUUUCUGAUGCAUCUACAGCUGCUUAGUCAAAAGUUACGGGCAUUUUGGUAUUCAAGCAUACUUUUGGAGAAUAUGUUACCUAUUUGAGUAUUGCAAUAAAGGUUU